UCUUCCACCUCAUUUGCACACGCGUAUGAAACCGAACCUCUCUUCUUGCAGAGUCCAGUCACCUCUCUCCUCUUCCCCAUUCGAGCUCCCUCGCUCCGUCCCUGUCCAUUUAUAGCUUCCGAGAAAGUGCAGUGCGCCCAAGGGAGUGUACUGAGAGCCUCCCUCCAUGGCGGCUGGUCUCUCCGGCUCCACUAUGGCCAGCUUCGCCGUCAAGAACCCUCUGCUCGCCGCGGCCGCGCGCUUCCGGACGCUGCCGUCCCGUGCCGGCCGGCCUCUGCCGUUCUCCCCGUUCACGCGGACGGCGCGCAGGCGCGGGCAAGAGACCGUCACGUGCUUCGUCCCGCAGGAGGGCCAGGCGCCCGGCCCGGCUCCCGAGCCCGUGCCUUCGCUGGAGGAAGAGGCGGCGUCCGCGGCGGCGCGCCGGGUGGCGGAGAGGAAGGCGCGGAAGCAGUCCGAGAGGCGCACGUACCUGGUGGCCGCCGUCAUGUCCAGCCUCGGGGUCACCUCCAUGGCCAUCGCCUCCGUGUACUACCGCUUCGCCUGGCAAAUGGAGGGCGGCGAGGUGCCGAUGACCGAGAUGCUGGGCACGUUCGCGCUCUCCGUCGGCGCAGCGGUCGGGAUGGAGUUCUGGGCGCAGUGGGCGCACAAGGCGCUGUGGCACGCCUCCCUGUGGCACAUGCACGAGUCGCACCACCGGCCGCGCGACGGGCCCUUCGAGCUCAACGACGUCUUCGCCAUCAUCAACGCCGGGCCGGCCAUCGCCCUCCUCGCCUACGGCUUCUUCCACCGCGGCCUCAUCCCCGGCCUUUGCUUCGGCGCGGGCCUCGGGAUUACGCUUUUCGGGAUGGCAUACAUGUUCGUCCACGACGGCCUGGUCCACCGCCGGUUCCCCGUCGGCCCCAUCGCGGACGUGCCCUAUUUCCGGCGAGUGGCUGCCGCUCACAAGAUACACCACAUGGACAAGUUCGAGGGGGUACCGUAUGGGCUUUUCCUGGGACCCAAGGAGCUGGAGGACGUUGGUGGCCUCGACGAACUGGAGCAGGAGCUCGCCAGGAUCAACCGGACUCGGAGCAUCUGAAGGACUCUGGACAUGGUGGCAUACGCAGCUAGAAGAGCCUUGUGAUCUCAUCUAGCAGAUGAACUACAUUUCAAGAUUUUUUUUAAACUUUUUGGUGGUUGCUAUUGAUUUAAUUGAUGGUACUGGAGAUGGGGAGUCCAGAGCCGGAAGCAAGCUAAUGAUCAGGCAGUGGUGGUGGUGUACUCCCCGUUACUCGGCUGCAGGGGGUGUGGAUGUGUCCAAACAGUUAUAGGAAGAAGCACAGAUGGUUCAUGAGGUUGUGCCAUGAUUUUUUUUUCCUCCCUUCGAGGUCUCUCUCACCGCGUCCGCAUUUUUGUUUUGUGGAGACCCAACUCCAUGUCUUGUUCUUAUAUAUGGCUAGAAACUACGCUUCUGUGUAUAACAAGUAGAGAAGGUCGUGAACCACUUCAAUGAAAGUAAAAGUUGGCGGUUGGCAAGAA